GUGUAAAAACAAAGCUGUGAGGUGCUUUUUAACCUGAGUUACAAGAUAAUGGUACUUAAUAGGGCCCCUAUCCUGUACCUGUGCCUCAGCAUUCACUGUCUUCUUGGUGUGGGGGCUACACACUUCUCCCACACUGCUGCUGCAUUUCAGUCGUGUUGAUGCUCCCUUUUUGAAACUGUCCAGCUUAGGAAGGGCACUCUUAUUGAGCAUUUAAUGUGUAACUGGUAGAUUACACAUAUUUUCAUAUUGUUUCAUCUUGACAGCCCUGUAAUCUAGAUAUUAUCCUUAUAUUACAUAUGAGGAAAACAAGGCCUGGGUUUUUUUGCCUGAGGUUACACAGCCAGUAAGAGAGAGAACUGGAACAUGAGCCCAAGUUGCCUGACUCCAAAGUGGUCCUCUUUCUAUGACAUCACCAACUAGUUGCGUUUCUUUACAGUAACUCACGUGUUUCUCCUUUUGAACCCAGACUGGCACGAUUCAGUUUAUAUACUAAAUUUGCAAACACUUGUAGCACAUCUACCAGCGGUUGCUAAUUGCUUCACACGGAUUAUCUCAUUUAAUCCUGCCAACAACCCUAUUAGGAAGUGUUAUCCCUAAUUUACAAACGAGGAAACAGGCACUACACUUCCUGAAGUCCGAGAUGGGCUUUAUUCCCCAAGCCGAUAGCACUUAAAGCAGCGCCAGAAAUCGACAACGCGGGUAGUCGUUAUGUGUUCUACCUGAAUAACACAGAUAGGAAUCGCUUUAACGGACUUCCAACUGGACAAAACCUCUGUGCCACAGUCUUUGUGAAGGCGCUGCGGGCACACUUUGGGGCACUGUCUCCUUCCAGCUCAAUCUGAGUUUUCAGGAGAAGUGGCCCAGGGACACUCGUCUUAACAGCGGUACUAAAGAGCCGGCUGCCCUUUCCCUAAGCCUCCUUCCUCUUCAGGUCUAAAUUCCAGCCCUCCUACGGCAGUGCCCCUUGGGCAAAAAUACUCCGCUGCUCUCACAUGUGCUACUGAGCCUGAGCUCCCACUGCUACCAUCCGGGGGAAAGGAAACCUUACCGUCAUUGCGCGGUCCUCUCUGAGGAAACAUGUGCCGUACCUGACGUGUGCGCCGCCAUCUUCCCGGAAAUGCCGUUUUGGUCCUUCUAGGCCAUCGAAACCAUAGAGACGGCCGCGGAAACCAAAAUCACAGUCCUCCCAGAAACGAUUGUGGAGGCCAGCUUGCUGGUAUAGUUACCAUAGAAACUGGGCCCUGGAGCGUGCCCACUUCCGGAGGUUCCGAGAGAGUUCUACUUGCUUCCUCCCUGCAAUCCUUGAGCAGUCAAGGGACUUAAGUCCUAACUGGCCCUCUCAGGAUGCCAAGAACAGCUUUGGGUCCUACACUGAGCUAGUCCUGGGCAUAAAUAUGAAAAAGGAAAACUCUAGCGAAGCAUCGAGAGUGGCCUGAGGGAUUCGUGGAGGCAGAGGAGAAGGGUAUCUGUGCCAUGAUUUUGCCAGGAUGAAUACUCAGCCUUCCGGACCAGUUAUUUAUAAAAGCGUAGAGACUAGAGAUUUCAGUGCAAAAGGAGCAACUGUAUUGACCAAGUGCUCAAGUCCCAGGUGCUUGGAAAUCCCAGGAGCUCGGGCAACGCCUCAUCCAGAACCUCUUCCUCAAGCAGGAUGAAAAGCUGCUAAGCAUUGCUCCCUCCGUCUCUGUGGAGAGACCAGCUUCUAACAGACGCGCUGGGCUGACUCCCAUCAUGCCAGGUCGGCUCACCCUCCCCACACUCUGCCGCUUCCUUCUCCCCUGGGCCUGCACCAUCUUCCACAGAGCCCAGGGAGACACAGCAUCCCACCCGGGCCCCCACUACCUCCUGCCCCCCAUCCACGAGGUCAUUCACUCUCGUCGUGGGGCUACGGCCACGCUGCCCUGCGUCCUGGGCACUUCGCCUCCCAGCUACAAGGUGCGCUGGAGCAAGGUGGAGCCGGGGGAGCUCCGGGAAACGCUGAUCCUCAUCACCAACGGACUGCAAGCCCGGGGCUACGGGCCCCUGGGAGGACGCGCCAGGAUGCGGAGGGGGCAUCGGCUAGACGCCUCGCUAGUCAUCGCGGGCGUGCGCCUGGAGGACGAGGGCCGGUACCGCUGCGAGCUCAUCAACGGCAUCGAGGACGAGAGCGUGGCGCUGACCCUGAGCCUGGAGGGUGUGGUGUUUCCGUACCAACCCAGCCGGGGCCGGUACCAGUUCAAUUACUACGAGGCGAAGCAGGCCUGCGAGGAGCAGGACGGACGCCUGGCCACUUACGCCCAGCUGUACCAGGCGUGGACCGAGGGUCUGGACUGGUGUAACGCGGGCUGGCUGCUCGAGGGCUCCGUGCGCUACCCUGUGCUCACCGCUCGCGCUCCGUGCGGCGGCCGAGGUCGGCCCGGCAUCCGCAGCUACGGGCCCCGAGACAGGAAGCGCGACCGCUACGACGCCUUCUGCUUCACCUCGGCGCUGGCGGGCCAAGUGUUCUUCGUGCCCGGGCGGCUGACUCUGUCUGAAGCCCACGCGGCGUGCGGGCGGCGUGGGGCCGUGGUGGCCAAGGUCGGGCACCUCUACGCCGCCUGGAAGUUCUCGGGGCUGGACCAGUGCGACGGCGGCUGGCUGGCGGACGGCAGCGUGCGCUUCCCCAUCACCACACCGCGGCCGCGCUGCGGGGGCCUCCCCGAUCCCGGGGUGCGCAGCUUCGGCUUCCCCAGACCCCAGCAGGCGACCUAUGGGACCUACUGCUACUCCGAGAAGUAGGGGCCUGCCACACCCCCUCGUUGUGGCGGGGUCUCUCGCCGCCCCUUUUCCGCGAGCCUCGCGCCAGACGCGGAGCGGCCGCUCCAGACCUGCCUCCACAGCCAGGGGCCGCGGGCCACGGACCCCGGCAGGUCCGGCGUCGGGGAGGGGAGGUGGCCGCGCCCCAGGCGGCGGGCUGCGGAUAUGAGCCUCGAACCCGCGGAUCCAGACCCUCUGGGUUCGCGAGCCCCCGGCAGAGGACGCAGCCACCGCUGGGGGGCGGGAGGGGCGCCCAGGGGCAUUAACUGACCUCUGAAUACAGCAAUAAAA